AUGUCUCGUCGAUAUGACACACGCACAACCAUCUUCUCACCCGAGGGCCGACUAUACCAGGUAGAGUAUGCGAUGGAGGCCAUCUCCCACGCGGGUACGUGCAUGGGGGUGCUCUGCAAGGAAGGCAUUGUGCUUGCGGCGGAGAACAAGAACACAUCCAAGCUCUUAGAGGCUUCCAAAAGUAGUGAGAAGAUCUAUAAGAUUAAUGACAGCAUUGCUGUAUGUGUAGCUGGGAUUACAGCCGAUGCCAAUAUUCUGAUAGAGAACUUGCGCUUGACGGCACAGAGAGUCUUUGUGAUUUGA